AAAAAUCCACGACUAGCUCCUUCCGGAUAUGUUUUGGCCGCACCUUUCUUUGUCGUCAGUUCCAAACACAGUUCAAAGCCUUCAAGUGCUCCAGUCUUGGUCCUGUUCCAAGUCAACGGCGGCAGCCAGCGAGCUCCGGCUUCGAUUCAAGCGAGCGGCGGGCGGCCGCUCCGCCGAAGAGCAGCUGCGCGAUAUGCACCGGCGGCGGCUGAGAGAGCAGCACCACUCAACUCCACACGCCAUUGCUCGCCCUCUCGCAGCGACGGAUUCAUGGAGGUCGCGAUGGGGUUGCUGUCGAGGCUCAUCCACAAGGUUGGGGAUCUGCUCGUCGGCGAGUACAAGCUGCAGAGCGGGGUGAAGGGGGAGAUCAUGUUCCUCCAACCUGAGCUCGAGAGCAUGCAGGGGGCGCUCAAGGAGAUUGCCACUGCUCCUCCGGACCAGCUCUUUGAGCAGGACAAGAUCUGGGCCAGCGAGAUGCUGGAGCUCUGCUACGACAUCGAGGACAGCAUCGACAUGUUCAUGGUACACUGCACGGGUGGUGCGCCGUCAGGGCCGGUUGGUAUGAGGGGGUUCAUCCAUAGGAGCCUGAAUUUGGUGACGAGGCUCCGGAUCCGCCGUCAGGUUGCUACCGACAUCAGAGACAUCAAGAGGCGUGUCAUAGAGGCCGGCGAGCGGUGCGAGAGGUACAGGAUCGAUGUGGCUAGGCCUGCUGCUGUCGAUCCUCGUUUGUUGGCUCAUUACAGCAAGGCAACAGAGCUUGUGGGGAUUGAUGAGGCUAGAGAUGAGGUGAUUAGCAUUCUGAUGGAAGGCAACAGAGCUUGUGGAUGGCGGUGAAGGGCAGCCGGGAUCGGAGCUCGGGUCGGGCGGCAGCUGUGACGUCUAUUCCUGGAUCGAGGGCGUAAGCACCGGUGGAUUGCGGGUUUCUUGGUUUGCGCCACAAAACCAAGCUGG